GAGGCUAGCUAGACUAGUAAGCAUCGCAUUGUCGAAACGAAGCUUUAGCUUCCGCCUGUGGUUUUGUUGGCUCCACUUUUCAGCACAAAGCCGUGCGCAAGGACCGGCAGCGUCUGUUGCUUUCGGUUCGAUCGUUGUUAGUUCUCGUCGGAACAUGUUCCGCGGUCGGCCUCCGCCGAGGGGCUCUUAUGGGCCGCCUUUCGACAACUGCGGCCCGCCGCCGCCGCGGCUGCACCCGCAUCCGAGAGGCGAUGAGCGAAAUCGGGCCAGAUCACCGCACCACUCGGACUACCACCACCGCGGACACCCCGACUACCAUCGCCCUCCGCCGCACCGCAGCUACUAUCCUCCCGCUUCAGCAGGACACCGAGGCGGGCAGCACCGCUCCGCUGCUCCGCCCCGAGAGAGGUCGCCGUCUCCUUGCCAUCGUCUUCCCGUUGACCACAAACUCGUCAUCACGGUGGGCAACGAGCUGACCAGCUCCACGACUCCGCGUCAGCACGACAGAGACAGAAGUCCGGACCGCAGUUGCAUCCGCAGCAGAAGUCGCGCAAGGAGCAAGAGCCGCCAUCGCAGCCAGCGGCGCAGUAAGUCUCGGUCCACGUCCAGAGGGCGCAGUCGAGGGCGGGCGUCCAGCCGGGCCUCAAGCCGGGCCCCAAGCCGGGCCAGCAGUCACAGCAGGAGGCGCAGCUCCAGCAGCAGCUCCAGCAGCAGCUCCAGCAGCCCCCGUGCCAAACCUUUCAGCGAACUGGAAGUGGCUCGUCGCAGGAAGGAGCAGGAAGAAUUGUUGUGUCUGCCCACCAAGUCCAUCCUCAAGAAACGCUCCGACUACGAGCACUCACCGUUGGUCAGGACUUGUGACUCGGGCCUGUCUCACGUAGCGGAGGAGCUCCUGCGGGCCGUGAAAGGAAUGGAUUCGGCCGCCGUGGCGUCUGUGUUGAACGAGCUGCGGUCCGACCCGCAGAUGUCGCAGCGGGCCGACUUCAACGCGGAAAUCAAGGAGAUCCUGAAUUUGCUGGACCUGGCGGCGGUGGCCCAAGAAGCCAAGAGUUUGGCCACUGAUAUUGACGACGAGGAGAAGUUCCUGUAUGGAGACUCGGUAGAACCCGAGAUAGUGGUUCCGCCCGAGCCACUCCAGAACCACGCCUUUGAUCUGUACGGCGAUGUCACGGAGGACGUUCUCUACGACGAUCUGCUGCCAGCCACCAUACCUCCGGUGGUCUCGCCUACCAUUGCUGGCGAGGUCUGUACGAAUUGGACCCCCUCGGCUCACGCCUCCGUUUCCCAUGCUUCCGAACCGCCGCCGGACGAGGAGAACGAUCAGCAGGCACUGGAAGACUACCAGAAGCUUCAGAACCUCUUGAAGACCAUUGGCUUGGAUCUGGGUGUGACAGAGAUCAGCAAACUGGCUGCCAGGACCAAGGAGCGCUUGCAUGGAAAUAAGAUGCCCAAGCGACGGCGUACACGUUACUCCUCCGGCAGCUCUGACGAAGGUCGCAGCAGGCGCAGCCGCAGCUCAGAUGAGGAAGAGGAGGACGACGACAAACGGGUCCGCCACGCCAGACGUGCGGGCAGUUGGAGCAAAGAUGUCGGUAGCGCUAUAAGUGAGGUGCUUCAGCAAACGGCCGCCAUUGACACCGCAGCCCCUUUGUCGACGACGCCCGUCCCUGCGACCGUGGCCGUCCCUCCCUCCUACCCGCCCUCGCAUGCUCCAGGUAUGCUGGCGCCCAGCUAUCUGUCGCCGGGCUACGGCCAGUACAGGAACUUCCUGCCAUACGCGCAACCGCAGUGGCCACCUUUGUACCCGCCCCCAAGCUUGCUGCCGACACCUGGCGCCACCAACUUCCCGCCGACGCCCAGUGCCAACAACUUCCUGCAAGCUCUGCCGUACCAUGCAGCUGAGCCCCAGCCGUCGGCACUUCCUGAGGUUAAAGGUGCCGUAAAGACUCCUUGGAUCUCCGGGAAGGGAGCGGGACCGGCUUUCUGUCAGGUGUCAGAGCAGGAGAACAACGAAAGCCAGAAGCAGAAGGUUCUGGAGGAGCGGGAGAACCUGAGACAGGAGCGAGAGCAGCGCAUGAAAAAGAAGGAGUACCUCAUGAAGGAACUGGAGCGACUACGCAAGCAACAAGGCGAGCUGCUGAGGAAGAAGCGUCGCGAGAAUGAUGGUCACAAAGACCCGCUCCUGCAGGAGAUCAGCCUCCUGCAGGAGGACAUCAUGAUGCAGAUCUCCAACCUGCGCAAGGAGCACGAGGUGGCCGAGAAGAAGCGCAGUGAGAUCGAUAAGGUGGCGCUCAUCCUGGGGCUCGGACCCUCUGACCGUCCCCGUUCGACAUCCCGGGUGGCGCAGGAAGCCCACGCGCUGGCCAAGCCCGAUAUAAGUAGGUCCCGCAUGCAGCACAGUCCAGAGCACCAACAAGAUGGCGAGCGCCAACAAAAUGACGCUGGCGGCGGUGGCAUCUCCCUGAAGCAGGACGUGUCAGAAGCAAACCGGCGACUGCUCAUUCCCGCGACUCCGCCCCCUGAGCCCUUUGAAUACUACGACGCUGGGAACCAUUGGUGCAAAAGCUGUAACCUCAUCUCGGGAUCCAUGUUUGAUUUUUUUAACCACCUGCAUAGCAAAACCCACCGCAAGACUCUGGACCCUUACGAGCGUCCGUGGGCCUCCUCACCCACCCAAGCAGCGAAGAAAGCACAGACUGAAGAGAAGCUAAUGAAACCGGCCAAAGGUUCUGAGUUCUUAUUUCCUGUGCGCGGAUUUUUCUGUUUGCUGUGUGAAAAGUUCUUUGGAGACGCAAUCUGCGCAGAAGAGCAUGUCACCACUCACGGCCACAACGACAACUACAAGAAAAAAAUGCACAAGAAUCCCCUCUAUGAGCAGAGAAGGAAUCUGGAUCGCCAAGCUGGGCUGGCCUCCAACCAGACAGGCAAAAAAUGUAAACAUGAAGAAGACAAGGGUGAGAAAACCAAAGGCAAAAAGGAGAGAAAAGGUGAAAAGGACUUUGGCACAGAGGUUGCCUCAUCCAAAGCUGGUCAGGAGGAAGAGAGAGCCAAAGUGUUGAAGAGGGAAAAUGAUCUUCAAACUAUGAGGAUGUCUUGUUAUGCCAGGAUAGAAGAGGAGGACAAAUUGAGAUCCAAGAAGAAAAGUGACAAGUGCCAUUGGGCUGUAGAGGAAGAGGAGAGGCCCAAUUGGAGGAGAGAUGAGCAAGAACAACACAAACAAAGCCAAGAAGGACGUCGGUAUCGGAAUCACAAGCAGGAAGAAGAGCAGUACGAGCGCCGGCCACAACAUGACGACAGACACAAGUUAGACAAACACCAGCGUGAACAACAAGACAAGGAGAAGAACGUGCAAAGUGCCUCAGAGCAAGUGGAAGCUGUGCUCAAGCCCUACCACCCGCCCAAAGUCAUCUGCGGACCCAGUCUGGCCAUGAGAGCCAAACUACUCAAGCAGAACCCGGACGCCGCAAAGCUGCCAGCGACCCUCGGAAAGUUCACCUGGAAGAAACGGGAGAACCAGCUAGCUAAAGAUGCCCAGAAAGCGGCUGCCGAGUUCAUCAAGGACGACCAACAAGAUGCCAAUGACGACUCGUUUGCAAAGUCUGUGGCCUUCGCUAAGGAAAUUGCGCAAAAGUUAUCUGGUACCGGCAGCUCAUUGGCGCCGUGGGUGUCGAGUGGCGCCAACCCGUCGCCAGUGCCUGCCGACUUUUCGGCCCCUCCUGCAGCUCAGAGGAGAAAGUGCACUGUGAUAAAACCCGCAGCUCUUAGCACCGGCAACCCCUUCGUAGUUCGUCAGGGCUCACCCACACCGGACAGAGCCAUUUUUCCUCCUCUUGAGAGACUGCCGGAAGCCAAGCGGGACACCCUCAAUCCAGCCGCUUCCAAAACCGAGUCCCAGCCUGGCCAACUUGUGUCUCAGUCUCACCUUUUGUCUGAUCCCAGAGCAGUGUUCCCAGCAUCGAGUCCCACCCUCGCAUUUGUCAGACCAGUGCUGACCACAUUCCAUUCUGCACCGUCGGGCUUGGGCUCAUCCUUACCUAGGUCAAGUUCUACCCUAGGCGUUGUUAGACCAGCCCCGCCUCAGUUCCCUUCGAUCCCAUCGGACACCAGCUCUUUACCUGGGUCAAAACCAGCCUCGUCAGCGAGCAAACCAACUCAACCCGUGUCGAAGCCUGAGGUUAACUCAGCCACUCCCCCGCCAUCGAGACCCGAGGUUAAGCCUGAGGUUCACUGGGCCACUCCCCUGACUUUGAGGCCUGAGGUUAACUGGGCCACUCCCCUGCCUUUGAGGCCUGUUAAUCCGGCUCCCCAAGUGUCGCAAUUUGUUCAGUCACCCAUUGAAGUGGAAAUGGUGGACAUGGAGCCAGAUGUGGCCGCUCCCGGUGUCCCAGAGAGUGAGCAGACUCACAUGGUAUUUGUCAAACCACCGCCGCCCUUCAGCAUGGUGGAUGGCGCUCAGAAGUCUGACAAACCAAAAACUAACCUGGCUGCUGCUAAAGCCCAGGAUUUAUUUGGUAUCUUCUACAGUUCAAAGGACAAGACGGGACCCUUGUCCUUGUCAAAGUCAGGGGUAGUAGACAUAAGUGAGACCCAAAGAGGUCCAUUUAUCACUGAACCAGUGGCGCAUUCUGCAGCUCAACCUUCAAAUGAAUCUCCUCAGCCAGAUUCCGCAUUGCCAGAAAGGCUCCAAUUGCAGUCCGAAUCAGAGCUCCUAAUCAAAUCAGUUUGGUCUUUGCAGACCACCCCCGAGCGAGCACCUGAGGGAGUUCUGCUUGACACUUGUGUUGCGAGUCCACAUGGAGAGGGUCCUGAAAGCACGCCAGCACAUGCGUCGCAAACUCAGCAUGUUAAAACUUGUGAAGCCAAACCAGAUGAUGAAAACCCGAGGAGCUUUCCAGAACCACGCCGCGAAACAUCGGCCAAGCUCAAAUCUAUUCCCGCUCCUAGAAUGCCAGGGAAAACUGCAAAAAAGAGAACUCCUCCAUCCUCCCAUGUCCCCAUCCGACAAACCCGAUCCCAAACCAGGCUGCAUCAUCUCGAGCAGACCGUAGAAGAUGCUGACCACAAGCGCUCAGAGUCUCUAGGAGACGCUGAGCCAGACCUCUCAGAUUCUCCAGCAGAUGCUGACCUCAAACUUUCAGAGUCUGCAGGAGAUGCUGACCAGAAACCCUCAGAGUCUGCAGGAGACGCUGACCCCAAGCUCUCGGAGUCUGAGGGAGAUGCUGACCGAAAUGUCUCAGAGUCUGCCCAAGAUGUUGACCAAAAACUCUGAGUCUGCCUAAAAUGCUGACCAGAAGCUCUUGGAGUCUGUAGGAGAUUCUGACCAGACGCCCUCAGAUUUUGCUGACCAGAAGCUCUUGGAGUCUGUAGGGGAUUCUGACCAGAAGCCCUCAGAUUCUAUUGGCCCAAAGCCAGUUUGCAGGAAAUUCUGACCAGAAACCCUCAGAUUCUGCUGAAGCCAUUGGAGUCCCCAGGAGAUGCUAAACCAAAUCUCCCUGGGACACCUCAAAAUGACGAGACAAUAUUAAUCUCUACUCUUUUGGACUCCUUGCUAAUUUCAACCUAGAGUAGGAGGAGACACAAGGGAGGCUCUCGUUUGAAGGCUUUGUUCGUCAACUUUCUUUUGGUUUUUCAUCUGAGAAUUCAAGACUUGGAUAACAUGUUCUUCUCUGUUAUACAGGGAUUGGUCCCGUACCUAGAGUACCACGUAACAAAAAAAAGAAAAAAAAAGUCAUUCCAAGAUUACAAACAAAAGGAUUUUUUUUCCUCAUUUCUUUUCCUGGCUGAACAUUUGUGAGGUAAAGUACGCUUUACUUUUUCUAUUCAACUUGAGUCGUACUGUUAGUAGAUUUGCGUAGGUGGUCUUCCGCUUUGAAAAAUGAUGGACUGGUGCUUGUAAACUUAGUCUAGGAAAUCCAUAACAUUUGGUUCCCUCUGCUUGUCUUGUGCAACCAUGUUUUAAUAAAAGUUACUUUGGGACA